UCUACUUUUGCAUCACAACAGAACAUAGCGUUAGCCGAGUCUGCAGAGUUGGACCUUCAUCGCGAGCUUACUAACAUAAUGGAGAAACACUUUGGUGAUACCGAAAUAAAGACUAAUGAUUUGAUGAGGAUGUUUGACGCAUUUGCAAGAUUAUACAGAGCCUCAUUCAUUACAGUUUUGAAAUUGCGAGGCGAUGCUCCUUUGGUGUCAGGCCGCACUCGUGGAGUUAUUGUGGAGUAUCGCUGGUUUCCUUGGCUGUUGAGUUACUGCUGUCUUAACCGCGAAACUACUAGCGGGACCAGCACGCGUUUCAAUUUUGUACCUACAGCGAUGCCCAAGCCUCUGAGAGCCUCAUGUACCGGCUACGAAGCCGCAAAUGCCUAUAUAAAUGAUGUUGCUCAGAAGUACACAGCAAGAAUGCGGCGCAUGAUCUCUUUUGCUCUAUUAGCAGCAAACACUAAACCAUUUCAAACUUUACAUUACGCCUACAUUUAUUGA